UGUGGGCACUAUGGUUCUGCUAGUGGUCUGUUCUUGGUGCUUGUACGUGUCCAAGAAAAGAAAGAUGAUGUGGUUGAAGGAAAAAUUCUUUCGAGAAAAUGGAGGGCUACUCCUACAAAUGCGACUCAAUGGACAAGAAGAAUCCUCAAAUAGCCCAAGAAUUUUCAGUGCCAGAGAUCUUGAGAAGGUAACAAACAACUUCCAUGAAGGUAACAUUAUUGGUCAAGGAGGUUUUGGGAUAGUCUACAAAGGUCGUCUAAUAGACAACAAAGAAAUUGCUAUCAAGAAGUCAAAAACAGUUGAUCCCAACCAAAUUGAGCAAUUCAUUAAUGAGGUUGUGAUUCUGUCACAAAUUAACCACAAAAAUGUGGUUAAGCUCUUUGGUUGUUGUCUCGAGACAGAGGUACCUUUACUCGUUUAUGAAUUUAUCAACAAUGACACUCUUUUUAACCAUUUACACAACAAGAAGCGGGCACGUGAAAUUAGUUGGGACAUCCGACUGAAAAUAGGUGCAGAAACUGCAGAAGCCCUCUCAUAUUUGCACUCCGCUGCUUCACCUCCAAUCAUCCAUAGGGACAUAAAGACCACGAACAUACUUCUGGACGAGGAAUUUACAGCAAAAGUAUCCGAUUUCGGUGCUUCAAGAAUGGGCCUUCUUGAUCAAGAUCAACUAUCUACAGUGGUGCAAGGAACUCGUGGAUAUCUGGACCCUGAAUUCUUCCAAACAUUUCAGUUGACAGAGAAAAGAGAUGUUUAUAGCUUUGGAGUCGUUCUUGUGGAGCUACUAACAGGGAAAAAGCCCGUAUGCUUCAAUAGAUCAGAGGGUGAGAUAAGUUUAAGCAAUCAUUUCCUUUCUUCGAUGAAAGAAAAUCGACUGUUUCAAAUUCUUGAAGAUUCUGUCGCGUCUGAUGAGAAUAUUGACCAAUUGAGACAAGUUGCUGUACUUGCCGAACGAUGCCUAACUGUAAAAGGCGCCGACAGGCCUUCCAUGAAAGAAGUAGCAAUGGAACUGGUAGGGUUGCGAAUCACAUCAAAGCAUACUUGGACUCAAGGUUCUCAAGCUUUAAACCAAGAAGAGAUUGAGCCCCUGAUUGAUCAUCAAGAACAAUCCAAUCCCUCCGGUGGCGGUGAUAUUAUGUUGACAACUACAUAUUAUAGCCUCCAAAAUCAAGAAAUACAGCCAAUUGCCCAUGGGAGAUGAUCAUUUGAUCCCGCGGUCAUGGGAAGGACUGGAUUGCAUUUUUACGUCAUCCUUACUUGUGUUUUUUAUAUUACUAGUGAUUAUGUUAUCACGAUAUGUUAAC